GUGUUGCGAGCUCGCAGACGACAUUGACUUUAUUUCAGAGAGUGACUGGAGUGUUAGUCCUUAGAGAUUUUAAUGAUCCUCAAGCUGUUGUUAUGCAAUAUGUUUCUUGGAUCUUUGUUUAAUGUGCACUUCGUGAAGAAAGGAGAAGAAAAUCGUACAGUGCGCCAAGGUUGUAAUAAUUAGGAAACAUUGUGUGGCAGAUAGGAAAGAAAAAAUGAAAUUACAAUUUGGAAACAUCAUUGAUCCUCAAAAACGAUGGUUCAUUUGGCCGACGCUGAUACUGAACUCUAACCCCCCCCACGAAAAACUAUGCACAGUCGGUCAAAAAUGUCCCGCUUACAUAUAGGCCGCUCCAUAAAAAGAAAAGGAGGGUUGGACGGCCCCGUCUGCACCCUCUGCCUACGCCACUUGUUUCAGUUACAUAUUAAUUUGGAUAAUUCUCAACUUAGUUGUUGGUUGAUCCGAUGUAAACUGUAAACAAACACAAUUAAAACGUACGAACAUUUAAAUUUAGGCUAACUUAAUAAAAUUGAUAUUUUCACCUUUUCCACCUCAAAUUUUACCAGUCCCCAACAAGUGUAUGGCUCAUUUUAAAAAAUAAUAGUUUUAAAACACAAUUUUUACAAAAGCAUUGUCAAUUCAUGUCAAUUGGUUCAAGAGCUGCUAUGGUUAGGAAAGUAUUAGAAAAUGUACAUUUUAAAAAAGUGAAUUAUUAGGAAGUCAGAUGGCGCUGCUGGAAAUUAUGGACAUGACCUUUGAACCUUUUGUUAUGGUCCUUGUGAAAGUGCAGCGUAAUAGUAGGUGUGUUUAGUGCUUAGACUUAGAAGUUACCACAUUUUAAAUAAUUGUAAUUGUAACUGAUAUAAAUUUACGAAAGGGUUUGCGUAAAUUGACCGGGUUAUUUUAAAAUUUAAACAGUAAGUUUUGAAAGAGAACAUUUUGAUUUAAUACUAUGACUAUAAUACUACUAAUGUAAAUAAUUGUAAGUCGGACGGACGUAAGUGUACGACCGUGUGUACACUACCCGGAACCCGACACUGCUACUUAGUACUACUACUACCACUACUAACCUUAACUACUAUUUAUUUAUAAUUUACCACUGCUAUAACCAGGCUAGGUAUUAGUAGUGCAGUAGUAAAGUAGCUACUAAUUAUAGCACUACACCUAAACUUACUCUUGAUAACAAUUAGUUCAGUUAGGCUUAAGGCUUAGUUUAAGGGCUACUGUCACUACUGAGCCUACCCCCGGCAUUACAAAUUUACAAUGACAAUACAUUUAAUACAUAUUUUCGUGCCUGGUAUUUACAAGUCAGGUCAUGUCAGUCCAAAGCAAAGAAAUGGUGGCUGCUAAUUCUUCUUCUUCUAAAUCUUAAGGGCACACGAUCAAUUUAUUGAUCAUUUUGGCUCCUACUCCUAUGCAUGUAGAUGGGAUUUGCAAUGUUUCUGUUCCUGGUGUUGAUGAGGAAAUUUCACUGAUUUCUAGUGCCACUAGUGCCACCUUGUUAGGGAAUCAUGCACUAGGGGUUUGAAGGCUUAAGGCAAUAGACACAAAUGUGUCAGGUGUUGUGGCUUCAACCGUUCCUUUUGAAAGAUUGUUCCAGUCCCUGAUUGUUUUGGGCAGGAAUGAGCAGCUCCUAUACUUGCUUCUUGCUGGUAUGAGUCUGAAUUGCCUGUCAUGGCCUCGUCACUGUCUAUGGGGGAGAGGGACGAGUUUCUGUUUAAUACUGGAACAGUGGACCAGCCCAUUAUUUAUCUUAAUCAUGGAGAACCUGGAUUGUCGUCGUUGUUCCUCCAAUGCCAAUGGUGACCAGCCUAGUGUUUCCAGCAUGCUGCCAACACUAGAGGUAUUCCUGUAGCGGUUUAGGACAAAGUGUGCUGCUGGUCGCUGGACCACCUCCAACCUGUCAACGCUCUUCUGGGUAAAUGGGUCCCAGACUGAAGAUGCAUAAUCUAAAACCGGACGGACAAAGGCUUUAUAUGCUCUCUCUUUUACACAGGAGUUGCCAAUCUUUAGAUUUCGCCUUAAGAACCCUUGGGUCUUGUUUGCUUGGUUACAUACAUUAAUAUGCUCGUCCCAGCGGACCUCUCUUUGAAUGGUAACACCCAGGUACUUUACGGAGGAAACUGGCUCAAGUAUAUGGCUGUGCAGUUCGUAUUGGUAAUGUAGAGGAGUACAACUUCUAGAGACUGAUAGUGUCUGGCACUUGGCAGGGUGAAAUUCCAUGUCCCAGCUCAUCUCCCACUCAGCUAACAGAUUGAGAUCCUGUUGUCGCUGGUCCUGGCACAGCUACUAAUAAAUUAUAAAUACUACUACUACUUUAAAAUAGUAUUUUUAUUUUGUUUUAGCCUAGGUCUAGGCUACUAAUAAUUUUUAUUUUCUGUAUAAAUUACUACUUACUGAAUUUACUGCACUGGUAGUAGUAGUAAUAAUUAGUAGCCUAAAUGUUUUCCACACACAGCCUACACUAUUUUUUAGUUUUUAGGCUUAGGACUAUUAACUAGUACUAAUACUAAUACUACUAAUUUGUACUAUUAGUAAGUACUAAACUUAGUAAGUACUUGACUUAGACUUUGGUAAAAUAUCGUCCUAUCAUUUUAGUUACAUUGACUGACUUUUGCUUGCAAUAUCAGAAUCUGGACUGGUAAAAUUGUUUUUAAUAAGUUAUAGUAAGUUAUGUAAGCAACAACGUCAGUCCCUUGAUUUACUGCUUAAGCUCAAAACGUCUAGAGCAGUGGUUCUUAACCUUGUUGGAGGUACUGAACCCAACCAGUUUCAUAUGUGCAUUCACCGAACCCUUCUUAUUAGGAAAAAUAAAAUAUCUGUAUUUUUUCUGAUUUUUUUGUGACUUCCACCGAACCCCUGAGACUGACUCAUUGGAUCGAACCCAGGUUAAAAACCACUGGUCUAGAGAUACAAAAGUUUUCCAAAUUUCUCACAUGCAUAAAAAAAAAGUUGCCUCUGCCUACCUUUGCCAACAAGGAUUAUUCACUCUGACUCUGAUGAAAAUAAAGACAAUGAAGAAAAUCAUUUAACUUCAAAGGCAGUAGCCUAAUUUUGGUUGAUUAAAAAAAUCCUCAAGUUUGAUGUCAUUGUGUCAAAAUGAAACAUCAUUUCUAAAAAAUUUGUAGUGAACAUUUUUUUCAAAUGAAUUCUCUUGUUCCAUAAUUAAAAUUUAUUUUAUCAAAUUUAUUUUGCACUUUUAUAUUAUGAUAAUGUAUUCUUAGAUUAAAUAAACGAUUUUUAAUUUAAAUAUUGAUUUUCUUCCUUUCAAAUUUGGGGGUAACAUCAGCUUUAACAAAAUAUAUUUUGGGGGUAGUGGCUAAAGAAGUUCGCAGUUGAGAGUACUUCAUUAAAGAAACUGAAGCCUAAUGCCAUUUUUACAAUAGCAGACUACUCUUUAAGUUUUAAGUUAGAGUAAGACUAAAGUUAAAGGUUAAGUAUUUACUAUUUCAAAUAAGAUUUAAUGAAUUUGUAACUAUCCCAAAAUUAAAAAAAGCUUGUAAAUAUUUGCUGCAAUGCUAAUAGGCUUUUAACUUUGUUUUUAAAAAGUUUAAUGUGAACUUUUUAAUAUAACAAUUAUAUAUUCAACCAAAUUUGGCUUUUGUUAAAACUUCUUUAAUACUAAAUUCAUAAGAUAGUUGUUUAUAUUGGUAUUACAUAAUUUCUCAAACAACUUGCUGAAGGUAUACAUCUAUAAAACUAAGGAAUAAUAUCUAUAAUCUCUCUACAGAGUGAACAGUAACAUCUGGGAGUUCACAGAUUCAAAGUAAUUUUUGUUACAGCAAGCCUUCAGAAUGGGAGACUAUGAACAGGUAACUCUUCAUAUUUUAUCUUUAAUUGUUGGGCUGAAUGACAUUGGUUAUUUCAUCAUUUUGAAUUGUAAUAUUGUGACAGAAAGAGGUGAAAAACAAUAUAAAGGAUGCCAACGACAACAAAGAGCGCUAAAGUGUUGGUCAGAAUUGUUAGCAGUGUAAGAAAGUAUUUUUGGAAAAUCACGAUUUAAUAUUGUCUGAGUGAUUUGUGUAUGCAAUAUUGUCAUGAAAAUUUCCAGAAAUUAGUAAGUUUAUUUAAAAUGAGUAUAAUCAUUUUGACAAUUUUAGUAGAUGACCUCCCCGGUUCUCCGGUUGACAAGUCUGUGGUGGCUUGUCGAGUAGGAGGUGUCGGCCACCGACCCCCUCGGCGUUACACGGGGGACAAAACUACUGGGCACGUCCUGCGUGGGCAGACAAGGCAUGUGCUCGGUACCUGCCGUACAUAAAACAGCUCCUACAGGGCUACCAGUUGUGAUACUACCCAACUGGGAAGAUAGGCAGAGACAGGGUAGGGAUCAUGAUUACAAGUUGCCGUUAAUGGAUAUGAGGCGAGAGGCGAAGGUGGUAACCUCCGGCCGAUGAUUCUUACUACGCAGCCCUGAGAAGCUGCUCCAAGGCAACCGUUUCAUCCCAGCUAUAUCGCGAAUUAGUUGCGUUGUGGAAACCCACUGUAGAAUCCCUCUUAUAGGGCCUCUAAUGCUUACCCGGGAUGGGUGGGGGAAGAUAUUAGAACGUAAAUUUUUCCUUCCCGACUCCUGAGAAAGUCGAUCGUGUGCACUGUGUGCAAACACAAUGUCAGACCGACCGGGUGUCUUUGGGUUAGGACGGCCCCCGGCGGAGACCCUGGUCGAGUAGACUCGGGUGGGGUUGUCUUGAUAAAGGGACAUCCCUGACGUGCCGCUCCGCGGCCCGAUACCGGGUUGGAGAGGUGUGUUUUGUGGAGGGCAUAAAGAGCGCAAGCUCGACGGCCCGCUGAUGCCAUUUCUUAAUGUAACAUUUCAGAAGAUGAAUAUUUUAGAUUAGAAUAAAUGCAUGUGUUGAGUUCAUCCAGAAUAAGAACUUCUACAAGUGGUAAAACAAAGAAAAUAGCGGAACAAGGUAUUUUGAAGCUGUUUUCUAUUUCUUGUUGUUUUGUCUUGUUUGCUGAAGAAGGUGCUUAGCCGAAAAGUCUUGUUAAUGAAAUAUUGACCCAUCUUUUCAUUUCAAGCUUCAACAUACCUUGUUCCACUACUUUCUUCGCACAGCUUGAAUGCAAUCAUUUAUAGUCCUUAAAACUAAUGAAUUUACAUUUUCACAUGACUUCAACUCCUGAAGAAAAGAUACUUUAUUCAAAAUGUAGAAGUGGUCAGCAGCCAGCCAAUCUGGUUAAAAAUUUGUCACUCCAUAAGCAAGCUAAUGUCUAUUAUAAAACUGUUAUUUAUCACAGGUUGUCAAAGACCUCAGAGCGUCGUAUGCUACUGGGAAAACCCGAAGUUUACAGUGGCGAGUUGCCCAGCUGAAAGCCAUCAUUAAGCUUUUUGAGGAAAAUGAAUCUGCCAUCUUUGAGGCUCUGUUCAAAGAUUUGCACAAAGUAAGUUCAAAGUGAGUUUUUUUGUUGAGGGUAAGCUAAACAGUGAUCACUUGUUUGAGGGUUCCUUGAAAGGUGAUUAGGUCAUUGCAGAGUGGGGCCAGUUGAAAGGUCACAAAUGGUGGAAAUAAUUAGAUAUGCAAAGAAAAAAAGUUACCAGUUAUAAAUCCCAUUCCUCAGAUUUCCAAAUGUUUGCACAUUUUUUAUUUUUUCGACUUGGCAUAUUCUAAACCCAAAUAAUAAUCUUGAUAUUCUAAACCCAAAUAAUAAUCUUGAUAUUCUAAACCCAAAUAAUAAUCUUGAAGGAAGGUAAAUUAACUUCAAAUUUUGAGCAUCACUUAACUUUUUGAUGAUUACAACACUUUCCAUCACUUAGAACAAGGCUGAGGCGGCCAUAAUGGAGACCAUGCUCUGUGUCAAUGAUGCCGUCAAUGCCAUCAACAAUUUAAAUGACUGGACCAAGCCAGAGAAAGUGAGUUUAAAGUGCUAGCUUUUCUAAUUUUUAUAAGUUUUUAUUUUCUUCUCUUAACUUUGAAAAUAUAACUCAAAAGAAGCUUUUCUCAAUCAUUUUUCUUGUUCCUCGUGACCCACUUAUUAAACAUUUAAUUUAUCUCUGUAGCCCACUUAAAACAUUUUUUUAUAUCUCUGUGGCCCACUUUAAUUUAUAAUUUCAUUUAUCUCAGUGGCCAUAUUCCCAGUUAUUAAAAUCCAAAACUUUUUUUUUUUAUUGAAAUAAAAUCCUUUUUUUUUGGCUCUCCCCACCAAUGCAUUUCCCCUGUGGCUUACAUUGAGAAUCACUGCCUACAGCAUAUGCACCGUGGUUUUUUGUUUUCUACGAUUGCUUAGGUGACACAGUUUUUGUUACUGGGGGACGGCACAUAAAUCGAUCUGAAUGGAAAGGAUGUGGUGGUGCAGGCCAGGGCUGUACCGCCACUGAUGGUGGUGAUGAAAACUCUGUCAUGAGUUUUGGUAGAAAUUUCUUUAAUAGAGUUAUAGUAGAAUUCAUCUUUACGCCAUCUCUGGUACACAAGAUUUUAAUCCAUGAACCAGAUAUUGCCUUCUCGCCCCUUGUUUAAACUGUGCUAUCUAGUGGCUGCUUCAGAAUCAUCUUUUCAUUAUGUAAAAUAUUGUAUUUUCGUUUGUUAGGUAGCAAAGGGGGCCAUAUAUAUGAUGGACAAUGCUUACAUCAUGAAGGAACCCCUGGGGGUCACACUGAUCAUUGGUGCCUGGAACUACCCUGUCCAGCUGACCAUAUUGCCUCUCAUAGGGGCCAUAGCAGCAGGUUAGUGCAUGACAUAGCUAGACAGUCUCUCAUAGGGGCCAUAGCAGCAGGUUAGUGAAUGACAUAGCUAGACAGUCUCUCAUAGGGGCUAUAGCAGCAGGUUAGUGCAUGACAUAGCUAGACAGUCUUUCAUAGGGGCCAUGGCAGCAGGUUAGUACAUGACAUAGCUAGACAGUCUUUCAUUGGGGCCACAGCAACAGGUUAGUGCAUGACAUAGCUAGACAGUCUGUCAUAGGGGCCACAGCAGCAGGUCAGUGCAUGACAUAGCUAGAGAGUCUCUCAUAGGGGCCAUAGCAGCAGGUUAGUGCAUGACAUAACUAGACAGUCUUUUAUAGGGGCCAUUGCAGCAGGUCAGUGCAUGACAUAGCUAGACAGUCUUGCAUAGGGAACAUAGCAGCAGUUCAGUGCAUAACAUAGCUAGACAGUCUCUCAUAGGGGCCAUAGCAGCAGGUCAGUGCAUGACAUAGCUUGACAGUCUCUCAUAGGGGCCAUAGCAGCAGGUCAGUGCAUGACAUAGCUAGACAGUCUUUUAUAGGGGCCAUAGCUUCAAAGUUAUUUCUUAUGGCUUGUGACGACAUGACAUUAUUAGUUCAGCUGUGAUCUAAGAUUUUUUUUAGGCCAAACAUUAAUUUUACUUGUUUGUCUUUAGAAAAGCUUCAGCAACACUUUGUAUUUUAACUAUUGAAUCCAAAAAAUUUUGUGUUAUCAGGUAAUUGUGCUGUCUUAAAACCUUCAGAAAUGGCAGAGGAAACAGCCAGAUUUCUUGAGGAGGUUGUGCCAAAGUACCUGGACAAUGUGAGUCACAUAUUGAUUGGAUGUAAUCAUAUUUAGUGAAUAUAAUUGAAUUACAUUUUUUACUCUACAAUAUUUUCUGGGCAAGUUUCCGUUUCCUGAAUUUUUUUUGUUAUUGCUGCAUCAAGGAUUGCUCAGUCCUCUUCUUUUGAGUGUAAUCCGGGGGCACUUAAUGGGUCAGGAUGCAGUUUCUUUCAGUCUUACUUUCACUUGUCUUGUUGCAGAUGAACUGUUUAAAAAGCAGUUUUAACUUGCUGGCUGCUAUUCAUAUAACUAAUUUCUAAAAUAUUUUAAAAUAUAUGCUCACCAAUUCAAUAUUAAAAGUGUUUGAAUAGUAACAGAAUACUCAAAGCCCUGAUACUUUUUUUACUUAAAUUUGCAUAUAUCAUUGACACAAAUUGGCCAUUUCUUUGAGAAUGCUUUAAUAACUCUCAAGUGUCUCAUUAAUAUUCCAAUAUUUUUUUAAUGGUUUGUGAACUUGAGCUUUACCUUGUUAAUGUUGUGACUGAGGAAAUAUUUAUGUUGCCAAUUUAGCAAGGAUAUGAUGAAAGUCAAUGAAAAACAUGUUAAAAGCAAUAAAUCUGCCCCCCCCCACCCUUCAACAGAAAAGCUUUAAAACUGAAUCUUCCAUGAUGCAGUCAGGUGGCUAAUGGGGGAAAUAUAUUAGUAUGGCAUUGCGGGAAAAUGAAACAAAUGUGUCCUAUCUAGCAUUACGUGCCGCAAACCCUCCCCCCCACAUUAUUGAACUGUAAAUCAACAUACUAUCUCAGAGACUAAAUACUUCGUUUGUCAAUGGGAAACUCUGCUAUAUGGGGACACAAUGUGAUGUCUCAUAAACAUGAGAACUAUCUCCUCUCCCCACUCCAAUAUGUCACUGCCCUCAUGUCUUAAUCUCAGAGUCCAAUCUGUCACUGCCCUCAUGUCUUAAUCUCAGAGUCCAAUCUGUCACUGCCCUCAUGUCUUAAUCUCAGAGUCCAAUCUGUCACUGCCCUCAUCUUAGUGAGUCCCAUUGUACAUGUAAUACCAGACAACUCAACUCACUCUUGUGUUACACUCCAGGAUUGCGUUCGUGUGAUCAAUGGAGGUGUCAAAGAAACAACUGCACUCCUGCAAGUCCGUUUUGACCACAUUUUCUACACAGGCAACAGUGUCGUGGGCAAGAUCGUCAUGGAGGCGGCUGCCAAAUAUCUGACCCCGGUUAUUCUUGAACUGGGGGGCAAAAGGUUAUUACAAACAAAAAUAAGAGGGAUCUUAUGAUAGCAAUACUCUUAUGAUAGCAAUACUCUUAUGAUAGCAAUACUCUUAUGAUAGCAAUACUCUUACAUUGCUUAAAAAAAUGUUUUUACCUCUGAUGCACUUAACUGCAGAUCCCCAGUCUGCUAACAGCAGAUCCCCAGUCUGCUAACAGCAGAUCCCCAGUCUGCAGUAUGAAAUUAAAUACAAUUUACGGUUGGUGUUGUUACACUAGUCAUCCAGUAAAUAACAUUACUUUAUUUUAUUCAGCUUUAUGACAAACUUUAUGUUACUGCAACUCAUAUAUUUAGAGAAAACAUGCCUUCCACCUUAUUUCAUGAUAAAAAAAGUCACAUUUAGAAGUAGGCUGCAACCCUCUAAGAUUUGUUGGUUUGUGUGCAAAAUCAUAAAGUUGUGUGCAAAUUUUUACAGCAUCAAUUUGUUUGUGCCAAAAUUUUACAGCCUACAGACACAAACACACACUUAAGUGAGAUUACUGCACAGCCGCGCAGCUUAAAGGGAACAUUGGCUGCAGCUAUUCGCACCCGGGUACCAGAAAUAAGAGGUUUGGGAUUAAAAAUCUAUUUAAAAUACUAUUGUUGGGUUUGUAAGACAAAAUGAGGUAUCAAAUGAAAGAUAAUUGAAUGGACUAUAUGUUUGUAAACUUAAUUCUUCAGUUUAACUGACGUUAACAACCACAAAUGACAUCCAAAUAGUAUUGAGUCUAAUGGGCUAAAUGGGACCCAGGUCCGAAUAGCGGCUAUGCGUACCUGGGUACCUUUAGACUAAAUCCCAUUCAGAUGUCAUUUUGUGUUACCAACCCAAAAAUAAUAUUUUAAAUAGUUUUAUAAUCCCAACCUCUCACUUCUGAUACCCGGUUGCGAAUAGCCACUUCCAUAGAAGUAUUUAAAAAAUGUUUUCACAAUCUCCUUUGGAAUUGAAUAUGAGCUCGUAGGGACUGCAGACUCUCUUACCAACGCACACACCCAUACACCCCCUUCUCAGUUGUGAAACCCCAGUAAUUAUUAUGUUUGCUAAUUGACAGCCCAGUUUAUGUGGACAAGGGAACAGAUUUGGAAAUAGUAGCGAGGAGAUUGAGUUGGGGCAAGUUUUGUAACGCUGGUCAAACUUGCAUCGCCCCGGACUAUGUCAUGUGUCCAAAGGACAUCCAGGUAGGUAGGUGACGAUAACAUGGGUUAUCAAUCCUGGUCAGUGCUUGGACUUUGUGUAAACCAUGUGACCUUGACCUUGUGUAAACCAGGUCAUCGUCUUCCAGAAAGUUUGUAACUUAAUAAAAAAAAUUAAAGGUUAAUUAGCUUGAGGAUUUGUUGUGAUUGGAUGAGAAAUCAGAGGUCCUCAACCUUUGCAUUAAGUGAGGCCCACUUACGAGCCAAAUUUAUAAUUAUGGAAGCAUUCAUGACUUAGCUUUAUUGUGGAUGCAUUCAUGACUUAGCUUUAUUGUGAAUGCAUUAAUAGUGAAAUAAGGGAUGAAUUGAGGGUAGCCGCUUGAGUAGAUAGAGUGAUAGACUGGUGUUGAGUCUCUUGAGUAGAGUGAUAGACUGGUGUUGUUAGUUGAAUAUCUAGCAUGUGUAAUGGCUGGUUGGCCAAAUUAUUAACAAUAAUGCCCUGAUUACUGUACUGUCUGAUUACUGCACAGUCUGAUUACUGUACGUCUCAUUACUGUACAGUCUGAUUACUGUACUGCCCUGGUUAAUGUACUGUCUGAUUAUUGUACUGUCUGAUUACUGCACAGUCUGAUUACUGUACAGUCUGAUUACUGUACAGUCUGAUUACUGUACAGUCUGAUUACUGUUCAGUCUGAUUACUGUACAGUCUGAUUACUGUACUGCCCUGAUUACUGUACUGUCCUUAUUACUGUACUCUCUGAUUACUGCAUUGUCCUGAUUAUGGCACUGAUUACUGUACUGCCCUUAUUACUGUACUCUCUGAUUACUGCAUUGUCCUGAUUAUGGCACUGAUUACUGUACUGCCCUUAUUACUGUACUCUCUGAUUACUGCAUUGUCCUGAUUAUGGCACUGAUUACUGUACUGCCCUUAUUACUGUACUCUCUGAUUACUGCAUUGUCCUGAUUAUGGCACUGAUUACUGUACUGCCCUGAUUACUGUACUGCCCUUAUUACUGUACUCUCUGAUUACUGCAUUGUCCUGAUUAUGGCACUGAUUACUGUACCGUCCUCAUUAUUUAAAUACGCAAUGACUUGAUCCCCAUUUUUAAGGCUUCUUUAGUUUCAAACUUUUGUCUAAACUCGUAAUAACAUCGUUCGUACGAACAUACAACACAUUUAAUCUUUACAAACUUUGCUUACCUUAAAACAUUGCCCAUGUGACAACUUGGGACACAAUAUCAAAGCAGUUGUCCCAAGAAACUUUCUGGAAAGCCAGGAAAAAACAAACAAAACCGUUUCCAAUGUCAUGAAAUUUAUAAAAAAAAUCUCCUAAAUGACUUUGGUUUUGAUUAUCUUGCAGCGUCGUCAUGGUAACAAUGCUAACAUUUUAAAGUGAUAACCCCUAUCCUAUUGUUGACCUCCACAGGAAGGACUUGUUGAGAAAGUCAAGUCAGCCAUUGAAGAGUUCUAUACAAAAGAUCCGAAAUCAUCCGAUAGUUAUGGGAGGAUCAUCAAUGAGAGACAUUUUCAGUAAGUUGUAAGUCAGUUUGUAUGACAAUCCCAUAUGUCAGUGUACAUAACAAUCCCAAAUGUCAGUGUGCAUGACAUUGCCAAAAGUCAGUGUCCAUGACAUUCCCAAAAGUCAAUGUGCAUAACAAUCCCAAAAGUCAGUGUGCAUGACAUUGCCAAAAGUCAGUGUCCAUGACAUUCCCAAAAGUCAGUGUACAUAACAAUCCCAAAUGUCAGUGUGCAUGACAUUGCCAAAAGUCAGUGUCCAUGACAUUCCCAAAAGUCAGUGUGCAUAACAAUCCCAAAAGUCAGUGUCCAUGACAUUCCCAAAAGUCAGUGUUCAUGACAUUCCCAAAAGUCUGUUUAUGACAUUCUCAAAAGUCAGUGAGCAUGACAAUCACUUUUUACAAGAUUACAAAAAAGUGUUGAUCUGAUCAAAAAAAUGUUCUUCUUCUUUCUUUGACUUCUCUCUAGAAUGAGUGUCUUAAUAAAUACAUUGUAACUGAGUGUCUUCUUCUUCUUCUUCUUCUUCUAUAUCUUAAGGGCCCACGAUCAAUUUAUUGAUCAUUUUGGCUCCUAUGCAUGUAGAUAGGAUUUGCAAUGUUUCUGUUACUGGUGUUGAAGGGAAAUCAUGCACUAGGGGUUUGAAGGCUUGAGGCAAUAGACACAAAUGUGUCUAGUGUUGUCGCCUCAACCGUUUCCUUUGAAAGAUUGUUCCAGUCCCUGAUUGUCUUGGGCAGGAAUGAGCAGCUCCUAUACUGGCUUCUUGCUGGUAUGAGCCUGAAUUGCCUGUCAUGGCCUCGUCGCUGUCUAUGGGGGAGAGGGACGAGUUUCUGUUUAAUACUGGAACAGUGGACCAGCCCAACUCCUAUACUGGCUUCUUGCUGGUAUGAGCCUGAAUUGCCUGUCAUGGCCUCGUCGCUGUCUAUGGGGGAGAGGGACGAGUUUCUGUUUAAUACUGGAACAGUGGACCAGCCCAUUAUUUAUCUUAUACAUCAUGUAGAGCCUGGAUUGUCGUCGUCGUUUCUCCAAUGGUGACCAGCCUAGUGUUUCUAGCAUGCUGCCAACACAAGAGGUAUUCCUGUAGCGGUUUAGGACAAAGUGUGCUGCUCGUCGCUGGACCGCCUCCAACCUGUCAAUGCUCUUCUGGGUAAAUGGGUCCCAGACUGAAGAUGCAUAAUCUAAAAUCGGACGGAUAAAGGCUUUAUAUGCUCUUUCUUUCACACAGGAGUUGCCAAUCUUUAGAUUUCGCCUUAAGAACCCUUAAUAAAUACAUCGUAACUGAGUGUCUUAAUAAAUACAUUGUUUUAUGAACAUUCUCAAGAUCUAUUUUCUAGACACAAUUUUUAUACCAAGGCUUGGGGGAUAUUCCAUUAAAAAAAACUGUCAUCAGCAAUUUUUGUUUUUUCAGAAAUUACCAUUAUAUUUUAAGUCCAGAGCAUAUUUUACCCCCCCUCCCCUCCCCCCUUUUUUUUUAAUACUCCAAAUGUUCAGCUUUCGUAGACAUUUGAACAUGAGCAGAAAAAGGAAAUACAAACCUGGUGGUCUUUUACUAACAGUUUUAUUGACUACUUUUGAUUACAGGAGACUACAGAGACUAAAGAAAGGAGCCACUGCUGCCUAUGAGGGGGAAGAUGAUGAGAAAGAACGUUAUAUUGCCCCUACAGUCAUUCCCAAUGUGAAACUGUCUGAUCCAAUCAUGCAGGAUGAGGUGCUCUUUAAUUAGUUUUUUUUAUUGUUUUAAAAUGUAUUUCUUAAAAUGUUUUGUAACAGAAAUGAGAAGAUGGCUAGGAGAAAAAAAGAUGAAGACCUACAUCCUGCUACUACAGGUCAACACUGUGGUCAUAUAGUGGCACAACAGGUCAAUAUUGGGGUCACAUAGUGGCACUACAGGUCAUAUAGUGGGAUUACAGGCUAACAAAAACUGGUCAUAUACUACAGCACUAUGGGUGCUGGGUGGCCGAGCGGUCUAAAUUGUCUCAAACCAAAUAGCUGGUGGUCUGGUCUUCAAUCGCUACCAAAGCCCACAGCCCAAGCACCCUGGGUGGCUGGGACUCAUUAGCCUUGGACGGCAGCCCAUCUUAGAGAAGGCAAACUCUGGCUUCGAGUCAGUACCAAGCUCCCCGGGUGGAUGGGACUCUUUUGCCUUGGACGGCAGCCCAUCUUAGAGAAGGCAAACUCUGGCCUCCAGUCAGUACCAAACACCCUGGGUGGAUGGGACUCGUUAGCCUUGAACGGCAGCCCAUCUUAGAGAAGGCAAACUCUGGCUUCGAGUCAGUACAUUCUCACUAUGUGGCUUCACAUCAUUUUGUUUAGUGCUGCAUUAUCAAUUAAAAAUACAAUACUGAAAGCUUAGUGUUAUCAUUGACUUCAUGUUUCCACUUUUUAUUAUUUUAAACAAAACCAGAUAUUUGGGCCACUUAUGCCAAUUGUGCCAGUAACUGACCACAAGGAAGCAAUUGAAAUCAUCAAUGGUCGGUGAGUUAUAAAUUGUUGUGGGAAUUUUUGUAUUUAAGUCACUCACAAAAGGGAAAGCAUACUGUGGAGAAUGUGGAGAAUGUGGAGAAACUUGGGUAGUGUGGGUGGGUGGAGAAUUCCCACAGGUACAAAGACCAGACACUGACCACCAGUUGUGUAGAAGACCAGACACUGACCACCAGUUGUGUAGAAGACCAGACACUGACCACCAGUUGUGUAGAAGACCAGACACUGACCACCAGUUGUGUAGAAGACCAGACACUGACCACCAGUUGUGUAGAAGACCAGACACUGACCACCAGUUGUGUAGAAGACCAGACACUGACCACCAGUUGUGUAGUUUCAGAUUUAGACCAGGACAAGGCUAGCGUGACUGUGACAGUGAUAGUAUCAGACCUGGUUACCUUUGAAAUCCCAAAAUAAUGCAGUAUUGUUUCAGAAUAGCACUUAACCGUCUCAAAAUCAUGGAAUACAGAGUUGUUAUAUUAAAGAAAUAACAUACAUUUAGUGAGGGGUAUCUCUCGUAUGAGAUCUCCUCUUGGCACUCUGUCUAGGGAUUCGUUAAUUAAGCCAAAUUACCACACAGACAUAAUAACCUAUCUAUUUACAUUUAGUAUAGACUGAAAGGAAGUCUUUGUUAAAUGAGAAAAAUAACUCCAAGUAUUUAUUGAAUAAUAAUAUUUACAAAUUUCUCCGUAAUACACUCUUGGUGAUUAAUAUAUAAACAUCAAAUGGAUGUCAUUCAAUUAGAAAAGUAUAUCAACGCAAUGCAAGUGUCCCUAACAUACUGACGGUAUCAUCAUUAUUAAUGCUAUAUUGCUCAAGGUUCUAUGCUCAAUCUUUGUGGACUUAGCCUUUAUAGUUCCAGUGAUGAUCUCAGUGGAUCAUACAGUGGGGGAGUCCCUUCUGUUCCAGAAGCGUGUCCCUGUUCCGGUCUUCGGAGCUGUUCCAAGCAUAGCGAAGUUGGAGUUUCCGGUCGUAGAUUCCGUGGGAUCUCUGUGAUGGGGAAGAUGACUCUCCAGCGAUAAAUCGUGGUAGUGAGAGUCCCUGGAUCUCGAAGUCCUUCUAGUAGCUGUCAGGUAGUUUGGUGUAGGACGUUGAUCAAUCCCCUAGUUCCAGCUUCAAGGUAAGUCGGUCCAGUAAUAGAAACCAGGCUAAAGGCAAAUGAUACAAAAAUGGAUAAGUAUCCAGGCAAAUAGUGAUAAGCUGCUAAGUCCCAUUCCAACAGCAACGAAUUCAGAUCGAUGUAUGGAAGGUGACAUAGCUUGUGCAUAUACAUCCAAUUUGUGGAUGGAUUUAUAAGUCUGAUCAUUGUCGGCGUAAGCAUGUUGCUUUGCGACUAUGUUGGACCAAGCAAGCAUUUUAAUUAAUGAAGUAUGGGACAUUGUAUCAUUGAAUCCACUAAACUUAUAGGUACAUAAUAUUCAAAUUUUCUUCUCGUUAAAAGAGACAUGGGCGAUUUGGAACAUGCUUUCAUGCUUUGGCGUGAGCUUUCUGGUGUAGAAAUGCAAUAACAACAAGGGACGCUACUCUGCUUUGCUGCCUCCAGGGCAAAAAUGAGGGGAUAAUGGUAUUAUUUUCUCAAGGUUCAUCGGUGAGAGAGGUUGAACACAAAAUCCACACUUUUGGGGUGAGCGGUCUGAUGUAGGAAUGCGAUAACACCACGGGAAGUCACUCUGGCCAUCCUACUGUGGCAACUUGAGGGGAAGGAACGGUAUUAUUUUCCAAGGGUUUCCAAGGCUGGAUUUACGGUGGAAGAAUUUUACAAAGUCAAGCCUCAGAUCGUCACAUGCCUUGAGCUGGGUGCUUUGAGUCAAAUACCUUGCGACGCUCAGCAAGGAGUGAAAAAGCUAGAUUGGAAACUGAAUGAAAUAAUUGAGGGCUUUGAAUUACAGCAUUGACUUUCAGUUGAAAAAUUUUGUUAUAAAUACAUUUGGCAAUAACCUCAAAGUUGUGAUCUGGCAGGAAGUUUUACUACUUGCUCAUACUUUUUCUAUCUUCCAUGGAACUUGGCUGAAGAAACAUUUCCACGGAACUUGGCUGAAGAAACAUUUCCAUGGAACUUGGCUGAAGAAACAUUUCCAUGGAACUUGGCUGAAGAAACAUUUCCAUGGAACUUGGCUGAAGAAACAUUUCCAUGGAAGUUGGCUGAAGAAACAUUUCCAUGGAAGUUGGCUGAUGAAAAAUAUCAUUGAUGGAACUUUGCUGAUGAAACAUUGAUUCAUUUUCAGAAGAAUUAAUGAUAAUGUUAAAAAUCAUGUAUCAAUUAUUACAUCAUCUUUGUCUCAUCUCAACAAAAUAAUGCACAAUUAAAGUUGGGAACUGACAUAUUCUCUUACUAUGGCUUGAAGAUCUCUUGUGCUAGACCUAUGUCUGCAUAAGUUGAAUCCAUUGCUUCCACUUUACCAGGUAAAUGAAGACUUAAGUGGCACUUUGAAACAGAAGGUCAGCAGAUAUGAAAAGGAUACAUUUUACAGAGGGUGCAGUUAGAAAGGCAUACAAAUUGCAAACCAUUUAAAAAAGAUGAAUAUGCUUCAAUGAUGAAGUGUAGUGUGCCUACAUCAUUUUAUCUUACCACAGUUGUAAUUCUUUGAGAUACUAAAACAUAUUUUACCUCCACUCAAAUGUUUUAUCUGACCACAGUUGUAAUUCUUUGAGAUACUAAAACAUAUUUUACCUCCACUCAAAUGUUUUAUCUGACCACAGUUGUAAUUCUUUGAAAUACUAAAACAUAUUUUACCUCCACUCAAAUGUUUUAUCUGACCACAGUUGUAAUUCUUUGAAAUACUAAAACAUAUUUUACCUCCACUCAAAUGUUUUAUCUGACCACAGUUGUAAUUCUUUGAAAUACUAAAACAUAUUUUACCUCCACUCAAAUGUUUUAUCUGACCACAGUUGUAAUUCUUUGAGAUACUAAAACAUAUUUUACCUCCAUUCAAAUGGGGCUCCAGCAUCUGUGUCCAAGAAUAUUAAUGAUCUGUGUUUCAUGUGGAUUGUUUUAUCAUUUUAUUGUUUAUCAAUCUUCAAGUAAAUCUUAUAACAAACAAGUUACUCUGUGUGAAUUCUGGACCAGAGUCUCUAUAGAUCAUUAAAUCAAAUAAUUGUUGAGCAGUUCUUGGAGUAAGUACUAAACAAGUUUAUUUAUGGCCAGAUAUUACAAACAAUUUUUUAAACGUUUAGAUUAGUAAAAAAAAAAAUUUUUUUUAAUGUCCUGGAAUUUUGUAUUUUCUCAUGAAAAGGUCUUGGAAUUUUUUUGUUUAGAUUUGAUGCAGAAACCAGGUAUAAAUGAGAAAUUCAGUUUUCUCCAUUUUCGUAAUCAUGGUUCAGCAAAAAGUAUGAAAUAAUUAUGUCACAACCUUUCAUCAUACACUGACAUACAGCACCAAAGCAAACCAAAGCAGUGUUGAUUCAUGUGUCACUAGGGCUACUACAGUAAAACUACUGUUGCUGUAUCUAACGAGUUCAUUGUGAAAGCACAAAGCAACAAUAUAAUUUUCAUGAAAAUUGGCGGUUUUAUUUUAUAGCCUUUACAAAUAUUACCUUUACCCCUCUCCCAUGCACACCCGUAUACAACCCCUCCUCUCCCCUCUCAGUGCGUACAUAAAAUAAUUAUGGAUUUCUCUCUCCAUUAUUCACUUCCUGAUAUAGAAAGGAGCUAAAACUAAGAACAGAUUUAUUAUUUUUAAAAAAUGUUAAGAAGUUCUGACAGGUCUCGCCCAGUUAUCAAAAGCAUCUAAAAAUCAUUCAUUGUGCUUCUAACUAAAUCGUAAGAGUAACCCGAUCUGUAGGAUAGUUUUAAAAGAAAGGCAUUAAAAUGCAGAGGCUGGUGGCUAUUUAGUGAGAAAUGUACACAUAGUAGUGACAGAGGGAAAAGUUCUUAGCACAGAUGUGGAAAUAGAAAGUUCAUGGAGGAAAUCUGUAAAGUUGCCGCAACCAAUUUGGGGGCUAAUAAAAGGGGACUGUUAGUGGGGACUAAAAUUGAAACUUGGUCAGAGAGCAAAGGACAGUCAGGGGAGAACUCAGCCGGAGAGCAUUAGAGUACAAACCCACUUGGACAGUAGAUUGAGACGAGCUGUGACAGCCAGAGUUAAGUACUAGAGACAUGAGUGUGAAUUGUAGUAGCAGAGAAAUAAAGAGAAAGACUAACAAACCAUUGACAUGUUGUUACCUGAUUUUUGCAGGAAGACGGUGAACGAGUGGCAGAGUGAAUGAGUGACUGACAGGGGGAACAAUUAGCCAUGGUGAACGAGUGACUGACAGGGGGAAUGAGUGGACAGAGUGAACGAUUGGAAAGGGUGGAUGAGUGGCAGAGGUUAUCAUCCAAACUAAAGUAUUAGCAGAAACAGAACUAGAGUAAAGGUUCUCUUCAAUAUAAAUAUAUCAUAGAGGUUCUCUUCAAUAUAAAUAUAUCAUAGAGGUUCUCUUCAAUAUAAAUAUAUCGUAGAGGUGCUCUUCAAUAUAAAUAUAUCGUAGAGGUGCUCUUCAAUAUAAAUAUAUCGUAGAGGUUCUCUUCAAUAUAAAUAUAUCGUAGAGGUUCUCUUCAAUAUAAAUAUAUCGUAGAGGUUCUCUUCAAUAUGAAUAUAUCAUAGAGGUUCUCUUCAAUAUAAAUAUAUCGUAGAGGUUCUCUUCAAUAUAAAUAUAUCAUAGAGGUGCUCUUCAAUAUAAAUAUAUCAUAGAGGUGCUCUUCAAUAUAAAUAUAUCAUAGAGGUGCUCUUCAAUAUAAAUAUAUCAUAGAGGUGCUCUUCAAUAUAAAUAUAUCAUAGAGGUGCUCUUCAAUAUAAAUAUAUCAUAGAGGUUCUCUUCAAUAUAAAUAUAUCACAGAGGUUCUCUUCAAUAUAAAUAUAUCACAGAGGUUCUCUUCAAUAUAAAUAUAUCACAGAGGUUCUCUUCAAUAUAAAUAUGUCACAGAGGUUCUCUUCAAUAUAAAUAUGUCACAGAGGUUCUCUUCAAUAUAAAUAUGUCACAGAGGUUCUCUUCAAUAUAAAUAUGUCACAGAGGUUCUCUUCAAUAUAAAUAUGUCACAGAGGUUCUCUUCAAUAUAAAUAUGUCACAGAGGUUCUCUUCAAUAUAAAUAUGUCACAGAGGUUCUCUUCAAUAUAAAUAUGUCACAGAGGUUCUCUUCAAUAUAAAUAUGUCACAGAGGUUCUCUUCAAUAUAAAUAUGUCACAGAGGUUCUCUUCAAUAUAAAUAUGUCACAGAGGUUCUCUUCAAUAUAAAUAUGUCACAGAGGUUCUCUUCAAUAUAAAUAUGUCACAGAGGUUCUCUUCAAUAUAAAUAUAUCACAGAGGUUCUCUUCAAUAUAAAUAUAUCACAGAGGUUCUCUUCAAUAUAAAUAUAUCACAGAGGUUCUCUUCAAUAUAAAUAUAUCACAGAGGUUCUCUUCAAUAUAAAUAUAUCACAGAGGUUCUCUUCAAUAUAAAUAUAUCACAGAGGUUCUCUUCAAUAUAAAUAUAUCACAGAGGUUCUCUUCAAUAUAAAUAUAUCACAGAGGUUCUCUUCAAUAUAAAUAUAUCACAGAGGUUCUCUUCAAUAUAAAUAUAUCACAGAGGUUCUCUUCAAUAUAAAUAUAUCACAGAGGUUCUCUUCAAUAUAAAUAUAUCAUAGAAAGAAAACUGCUUGAAAAUCAUGAGCAUCUUUGUAAGACUAUCAAUAUCAUUGUGGUAGUGUUUUAGCAUUAGAAAAAUAUUGCCAUGCAUCAGCUUGUGUUUUGACCUUAAAGUAGUCAUAACUCUUUGAGAAAUGUUUUUUUUUGUGUGUUAUAUUAUACAGCUCAAAUAUCACAUCUGUUUUUGUGUGUGUAAUGUUUCAGUUUACUAAUACAACUGAUCAAUAGAUAUUGUUCUGAGUAAAAGAAAACCUUAACUAUAUCAAUUACUACACAUUUUUAAGAUCUCUUUAAUAGAUCAUUCAGAUUACUUAAGAACAUGAAUUUGUUGACAAGUCUGCCCUCUUCUGUCUUUCAGUGAAAAGCCGCUGUCAUUAUAUGUGUUCACCAACAACAAAAGUAUUGGUCAAGAGUUCAGGGACCGAACCAGCAGUGGUGCUCUUCUCAUUAAUGACACAGUCGUUCAUGCAGGCUGUACGUUUAGAUUUGUAAUAAUCCUUGGUCUUAAGAGGCUUCAGAUCAUUUAUGUCAAAACCAACAAAACUAGGUCUAAAAAUAAGUUAUGCAAAUAUGAGGAGGGCUUGUAGGCUUCUUAUGUAUGUCAUUAUUGGACUUCUUGGUGAACUAAGGGAACUUAUGUGAUUGGACUUUAGGAUGUACAUAUCUUUUUACUUCAUAAUUAUCCUAUUGCUCAUAUAAUCCUGUUGUGGAUGUUAUGGGGAAUGUACUUUAAAUGUAUCCCCUGCAUCUGUUAUAGCUGGCACUUGGGUUCAGAAAUAGGUCAAGUUUUGUCUAAUCUAAAGAUUAUUUUAAAGCACAAUUUUUUUUGGUUAAUUAUUCUGGUUAUAAAAUCUUUAUGCUUCAUUUGAAUGCUACAUUGCAGUGGUUGUCCAGGUAAAUCCUGGUUGUAGACCUCCCAAGUAUCACAUAGAUCACAAUGGCCUGCCACUUAGACCUCCCAAGUAUCACAUAGUUCACAAUGGCCUGCCACUUAGACCUCCCAAGUAUCACAUAGCUCACAAUGGCCUGCCACUUAGACCUCCCAAGUAUCACAUAGUUCACAAUGGCCUGCCACUUAGACCUCCCAAGUAUCACAUAGUUCACAAUGGCCUGCCACUUAGACCUCCCAAGUAUCACAUAGUUCACAAUGGCCUGCCACUUAGACCUCCCAAGUAUCACAUAGCUCACAAUGGCCUGCCACUUAGACCUCCCAAGUAUCACAUAGUUCACAAUGGCCUGCCACUUAGACCUCCCAAGUAUCACAUAGUUCACAAUGGCCUGCCACUUAGACCUCCCAAGUAUCACAUAGUUCACAAUGGCCUGCCACUUAGACCUCCCAAGUAUCACAUAGGUUCACAAUGGCCUGCCACUUAGACCUCCCAAGUAUCACAUAGUUCACAAUGGCCUGCCACUUAGACCUCCCAAGUAUCACAUAGUUCACAAUGGCCUGCCACUUAGACCUCCCAAGUAUCACAUAGUUCAUAAUGGCCUUCUACUUAUAUCAGUGGGUCCCACCUCCUUGUUUAAAAAGAAAUAUUCCCAUUUAUUGACAUAAUACCACAGUUGAUCAAACUCAAUACUUUGUUUAAAAUUCAGACAAAAUGUUUACAAAGAUGUUUUCAAUCUAGAAUUGUUUUGUGAGAAGACUGAGAUUACUGACACAGUUGUAUACAAUUUAUAAACAACUUCCUGUGUUUAUUUCAGUGACUACUCUUCCAUUUGGGGGUGUGGGCAACAGUGGUAUCGGCUCCUAUCAUGGUAAACAUUCCUUCAAUGCCUUCAGCCAUGAUAAACCAGUGAUGGAGAAAUCCUUGGCACUGGACCAGGUCAACAGGUGCGUUUUUUAAGGCCAGGAUAAUUGUGGUUGUAAAAUGUCAAAUGAAAUGUUUAAAAAAUCAUUAAAAUUAUGAUCUAUUAAUACUUUAAAAAAAAACCAAGAUCAAUUUUAUGGAUUUCAAUAACUCAAUUUUCUGCCACAUCUUACCCACUGCCACCCAACUGUCAAUUUCUCUCUGCAUCCCUGACCUCCGACCUUUACUCCAGCCAAAUCUUUUAUUUCACCUUUACAUUUAGUCAGCUGUGUUAAACUAAGCCACUGCCGCAGGUGUAAUUACCUCAAAGGUAAUGUCCACAUUUAAACGUUCACCACAUUAAGUUGGCAGAUACAAGAAAUAAACCAGGGUUAUCAUUUUAUCAUUGCAGCAUGCGGUAUCCACCUUACACUGAGAAGAAGCUUGGCUGGGUCAAAUGGCUCAUGGCCAAGAAGGUCAAGAGACAAGGAUUUUUUUCCUUCAUGCCUUUUAUUGCUAUUGGAGUCAUCAUUUCAAUGAUGUUCAAAGUAAGUUGGUUUUUUAUUUUUGAGUUGGCGCUCUGAGUUUUUGUUGGAAUUAGGGACUUUUAAGUCUUAAAAAUAGUCACAUUCAAAUCCUGACAGUUCUAGUGAAGCAAACAAUUAUUGUUCAAUUCAAUUUCCUACUUAUUUGGUCUAUGCAGAUCACUUUUAGAAAACAUACAACUAUUUCCCCAUUAUGAUAACGGUGAAUUAAAAUUUUUUGUUAACUUCAUCACUAGCUAACAUAAAUGUAUGAAGAAAAAUUUGUUAUGCAAUAUCAUGUGGUACUAAAAAAAUAUUGCCAAAUUCAACUUUUAAUAAAAAAAUCUUUUUGCGCAAGUCACCCUGGAUUAGAGCAAAGUCAGCAAGUUUCUAUUUACUCUCUGAGUAACAUGUACUCAGCUUGUCUUAUAUCAUGAUGGAGCAUUCAUGGCUGAGCCACACAGAUACGUUUAGGGCUGGAUAGACCCUCUACUCAGCCUGAAGGUGUUUCUGUGUAACAAACUCUGCUUUUCUUUAGCAGUUUUGUUAUAUAUAACUAUGGGCGCCUUUAUUUGCUUGCCCAGGGUGCUCUAAGGCCUUCAUCUUGCCCCGUGUACAACUGUUAUAGCUAAUUACUUAAAAAAGCCUUUUAAAAAAAAAUUUUUUAUUCGGGUCGGGAUCUCUGACGAUUUGAUUUGGCGUUAGCCAUUUCACUUUUUUUGAGCUGGCAUAAAUAAAUUUGAACUCAAUAUUUUAUGUUCUUGAAUAGUCAACAUGGGUUUAAUCCCCUCUAAUUCUAUAUUAUCACUUUUGAAUUUCAAUAAUUUAUAACUAUGACAAGGAAAAGGCUGGCGGCUAAAUAGGCCUGCCGCGAAAAGGCAGAUGGAGAAAUGUCCCAUCUGGGAAAAAGUGUCUGCAAAAAGAUCCCAUACCCUUGGGGGUUGUGGGUCACUUUUGCCAUUCCCUUGGGGGUUGUGGGUCACUUUUUGGGGGUUGUGGGUCACUUUUUGGGGGUUGUGGGUCACUGUUUGGGGGUGGUGGGUGCUGAUAUAAAAUAAGGUUGUGAGUCUGUGGUCACAAGAGUCUACAAGAUUGAAUUAAGGGGAGAUUAAUAUAGGAGGCUGUGUGGGCCAGUGGGGUUGUGUUCCUUGAAUGUAUAGGUUUGAAAAAGAUUGGUAUUAAGGCUGGUGAUGAUUUUCAAAGACUUUCUUUCUACCCACAAAUCUGUCAGAUUUUCUUGUCCGUAUCUUCAGCGUAAUUGGUUGUUUUCAGUUGUAAAAGCAUUUUCCCUUGUCAAACGGCUAAAAAUUCUUUAUCGCACACAACAUUAAAUUGGUUAUUUGUAAUUCAAAAAUCUUGUUAGGUACCCGAAAAUUUAUGUUUUGUCUAAACUUGUGUUAUUUCAUUUAUACAUGUAACAAAAUCUUAAUUGUCUUCUGUCAUUUACAUAAUUUAUCCCAUUUUAAAGAUUUGCAAAUUGAUCACAUUAUUAUCUCCCCUUUUUGUUCACAUCCCGUGUUGUGACUUUCUUUCCACCCACAAAGCCCUCAGAUUUUCUUGUCCUUAUAUCCAGCGUAAUUUGUAUUGUCCCCACGUGACCCUCUCAGCCUGUGACGCAGAUGCCCCUGCCCUGUGAUGACCUUCAAAGUCAGCUGAAGCAGGUGUCUACCAGUAGUGUAACAUGACGUAACACCCUCCUUAAUUCUCAGCUGAUAAUGGCAUUGGUUGCCAAACAAAUGUCUUGUCACAAGUAAUACUCAUCUCUGCUAGUUUGUACCCAUAUGACCCUCUCGUCCCGUGUCAGCGACACAGAUGCGGCUACCCUGUGGUGACCUUCAAUUUAAGUUGAAGCAAACCAUAGUAAAACACCCCAAAUAUAUUCACAUCUCAGUAAAUGUGGGCAAGAAAAAAAAGAUGUUUAAGGUUCUUCUACCUUUAAUUCAAAUCCUUUGGCUUCAUUCAGUGUACUACCUUCGGCUGCAUUCAGUGUCCUACCUUUGGCUGCAUUCAGUGUCCUACCUUUGGCUUCAUUCAGUGUCCUACCUUUGGCUGCAUUCAGUGUCCUACCUUUGGCUUCAUUCAGUGUCCUACCUUUGGCUGCAUUCAGUGUCCUACCUUUGGCUUCAUUCAGUGUCCUACCUUUGGCUUCAUUCAGUGUCCUACCUUUGGCUUCAUUCAGUGUCCUAUCUUUGCCUGCAUUCAGUGUUCUACCUUUGUCUUCAUUCAGUGUCCUACCUUUGGCUUCAUUCAGUGUCUUCCUUUGGCUGCAUUCAGUGUCCUUCCUUCGGCUUCAUUCAGUGUCCUACCUUUGGCUUCAUUCAGUGUCCUACCUUUUGCUUCAUUCAGUGUCCUUCCUUUGGUUUCAUUCAGUGUCCUACCUUUGGCUGCAUUCAGUGUCCUACCUUUGGCUUCAUUCAGUGUCCUACCUUUGGCUUCAUUCAGUGUCCUACCUGUUGCUGCAUUCAGUGUCCUACCUUUGGCUUCAUUCAGUGUCCUACUCCCCUUCCUGCCAGACUUUGCCCUCCUUAUUGUUUGAUGCUUUGAUCUAUAGAUCCCAAAAAAGCUGAUUCGUGUUUAUUUUUCAGAUUGUUGGAGUGGGAGCCGAGACCCUUGAACAGAAAAAGAACAUGUGAAGUGUUUUAUAAGAAACUGUUGACUACAUGAUAAAAGACCAAUUCUUUUGUUGUUAGAGCCAAACUUUGUUUUCACAAAAUGUGAUUGACCUCUGUGUAGUAAUAUUAUUACAUUGAGGGGCAUGCCCUACUUAGCACAUACAUGUUACAUACACUUGUAACAUACACUUGUAUGUAAAUGUUUCUGGUGUACUUUUAAAGAAGUAAUUCUAAAAACUUUUAUUGUGAUGGAAAUAGCUCUUUAUAUAAUCAUUACUGUUUGCCCAUCAUUCUUUGUUGAAAUUAUUUUUAAAUUUUCUGUUUAAUUUUUUAAAUUAUGUUUGAGACCCACAACCCAUAUAGUGGUUUCCCGUUAGACAUAGUAUAAUUAUAGACUUUAAGAAAAAUAUUUCACAGCCUCAUUUAUGUUAAUGACAAGCCUUAUCAAAAACAACUGUUAUCAAAAACAACUGUUAUUUAUCUAUCAAAUAUAAUUGUUCUUCACUGACUGUGUUUUACGUUAAAAUUAAAAACAACCAUAAUGUCCUCAGCGCUCAUGACAUAUAGCAAAAAACUGUGCCUCUGUUUUUUUAAACUGAUUUAAUAUAUCUUUAAAAAACCAUAUGUACAUACUAACUCUAGCCCCAGCAUGAACAAUUCAUAUUGUCAUAUUGUCAAAGUGUACAUUUAUUUGUGGCUUAAUUGAUAAGGAACUCUUGAAGUCUGACACCCACUAACCUAUUCAAAGAAAUUUAGAAAUUAAAAUGACAUUGUUAAAUUAUGUGCAUUAGCUUUACAGGUAAAAUUAAUUUUUGAAUUUUGUUUUUGCAUGUCAAGUCCUUUUCUAAUUGAUGACAAAUGAAUAUGAUUUGCUUUUGACCAUUUUAUAAUCGUCACCUAUGGCUUAGGUCAAGGUUUCAGGACGGACAGCUUAAUGUGACUAAGUUUUUAAAAUGUUGCCUGUGAGAAGGGUUCCUACUCCAAGACAUGCAGACUUUGUAGUCACACCAGCAAGUAACAGAGGGUUAAUUAUCACAAGUCCCAAUGGAAGUCCCAUGCAUUGUCUGAGUUUCACAUCAUUACUGGACACUUGAACUUAAAAAUUUAUUUUUACUGCAAUUCGUCCAUUGAAAACAAUUAUUAUAGCCCUCUUACUCACCUUGCUUAAGUUCUUCUUGUACAAUUUUUUUUUUUUUUUUUCUUCUUGUGUUUUUUAGAACUCUGGUGUUAAUGUUUUUUUUUUUUUUUUUUUUUAUUUGGCUUUUUGAAAUCUUUUUUCUUUUUUUUUUUUUUUUUUUUUUUUUUUUUUUUUUUUUUUUAAAACUUUGGUGUUAAUGUUUUUUUUUUUUUUUUUUUUUUAACUGGCAUUUUGAAAUCCUUUUACAUUUUUUUACAGUUUUUCUUUUCAUGAAUUAUUAUUAAAAUAAUUAUAUCUUUGUUGAGGCAAUGUUGUGUCAUUGUUUUAUCGGCUCUGUUUCCUUUGUUUUUGAGUAUGAUUUUUUUUUCCACAGUCGCUUUGUAUUAUAAUAAUAAUAUUAAUAAAGCUGUUUCUUCAAAAUAAUUUUUUUUUU